AUGGCUCAAACUAAUGGUUCAGAUGAAAUUAAUAGUUCUACUGCAAAAACGGGAAAUACCAAUGCAACAACUGCUACUACAAAAAAUGGGAACUCUAGUGGAUUGCCCGCUACAUCAGUAGCAACAACGACAACAACGGGAACAACAAGUAACAAGAGUGCACGGAGUACAACUACCAAUGGAAAGAACUCUAAACAGACAGGUGGAAGUGGUACCAAUGGGACUACACAACAAGGACAACCACAGGGUCAAGCGAAUAGGCCCAAUGGUCAGUUUUCCGCUCAGGAUUUAAACAGAAUUGUCCUUGAGUAUCUAAAUAAAAAAGGUUAUCACAGAACAGAGGCAAUGCUAAGAGCAGAAAGUGGGAGAACUUUAACACCGCCUAACAAGAACUCACCUGGGACUACAAAGAAUGGUACUCUUCCUGAACCAUCGACAAAACCUCCAGUGACAGGAAAAAUCAUUGAUCCAGUAAGUAAUCCAACAGAGGAUUCAUCUAAUGUUCCAGCCACAGCAACGACACCUGCCAAUAAGGUUAAAAACGAACAAGGUGUACCAGCAAAGAGAGAUAAUAAAGGUGAUAUAAUAUCUCGCGAAGAAUUAGAGAAAGAAACGUCCCCUGAAAGUUACAUCAGAGCUUAUUCAUUAUUGAAAAAUUGGGUCGAUGCGUCCAUCGAGAUAUACAAACCUGAGUUAAACAAUAUCAUGUACCCCAUUUUUAUUUAUUUGUUUUUAAACCUUGUCAAAAAAAAUAGAAUUGUGGCACGUAGAUUUUUCGAUAAAUUUUCAGCAGAUUUUAAAGUUUUACACAGUACAGAAAUCAAUAGAUUGUUCAGUGUUAACUCAAUUGAUCAUAUCAAGGAAAAUGAAGUAGCAAAUACCUUUGUUUCAAAUAAAUAUAGAAUCACUUUAUCAAGAACAACCCUAAACUUAUUAUUAUAUUUCCUUAAUGAAAAUGAAUCUGUUGGUGGUUCAUUACUAAUAGGUGUCAUCAAUGAACAUAUUCAACCAAAUAUUGUCACUACAGUAUCGUUGAAGGAUAGAUUAUCCGAUGGUAUUAAGAAUUUAGCAAAUGACAGUAGUGCAAAUGCAAAUGUAACAUUAGAGAUUAACUCUGCACCAGUCACCUUGGGACCAUAUCCACAAGACAAAGAGUUUACUAAAGAAAUCGAAACUGAGUUGAGGAUUAAAGACGAUCAAGAGAGACAACAAAUCAUUAGAAUGAAUGCUAGUUCGGCAACUGAUAGAGAUACAGCAUCAACCAGCAAGGAAACUGACGAAAAAGAUAAAACACCAGGUACUAGCAGUGAUGAUAUUCCAAAGCAUUCUGCACAAGAGGGUGAAAAUGGCUCAACAGAUAGUAUUGUUGAACCACCAAAGAAAACAUUAUUAGAUGAAUAUCAAGACAUGAAGGAUAUGCCAUUCAAAAGUGGUGAAUCAGAAAAUGUGAAGAAGGAAAAUGGUGAAGACAAAAUAUUAGAUGAGUCGAAGGCCAAAGAUGAUAAAGGAACUUCAGGCGAUAAUAAAGAUAUAUCGUUAAAAUCUGAUUCAGAUUCAUUAUCGAAGGUAAAAUUGAUAGCUCAGAAACCUGCUAAAGAUGAUAUUUCUAUGAAAUCGCCGUCAAUAGAUAGUUUACCACUACCACCAAAGACAUCAUUAGAUUUAAAAUUUGAGAUUCAAAAGAUUAAGGAGUCCCGUGAGGCUAUUGAGUUAGGAAACUUACAGAUUGCUCAACCAAGUGUAUGUAUGUAUACUUUCCACAACACCAAUAGAGACAUGACAUCUUUGGAUUUCAGUGAUGAUUGUCGUCUGGCUGCUACUGGGUUUCAGGAUAGUAUAAUUAAAUUAUGGUCAUUAGAUGGUUCAUCUUUAGUGACUAAUAAAAUACCAAGUCAUAAACGCGAAGAAAUGUUGAGAACAGACCCUACAACAAGCACGUUGGUGGGUCACAGUGGUGCCGUAUAUGCUACAGAUUUUUCACCUGACAAUAGAUUUUUAUUAUCGGGAUCUGAGGACAAGACUGUUAGAUUAUGGUCGUUAGAUACACAUACAGCAUUGGUGAGUUAUAAAGGACACAACCACCCUGUAUGGGAUGUCAAAUUCUCACCUUUAGGCCAUUAUUUUGCUACUGCUUCACAUGAUCAAACUGCAAGAUUAUGGUCUUGUGAUCACAUCUAUCCAUUACGUAUCUUUGCAGGUCAUUUAAACGAUGUUGACACCAUAUCUUUCCACCCUAACGGUUGUUAUGUAUUCACAGGUUCUAGUGAUAAGACAUGUCGUAUGUGGGAUAUUAAUACUGGUAAUUCCGUACGGUUAUUCUUAGGUCAUACAGCUCCUGUUGUCACUACCGCAGUUACACCUGAUGGUAGAUGGUUAUGUACUGGUGGUGAAGAUGGUGUCAUUAAUGUUUGGGAUAUCGGUACAGGUAAAAGAUUAAAACAAAUGCGUGGUCACGGUAAGAAUGCAGUUCAUUCUUUUUCAUUUAACAAAGAAGGUAAUGCAUUGGUAAGCUCAGGGGCGGAUCACUCUGUAAGAGUGUGGGAUUUGAAGAAAGCCACUACAGAACCAAGUGCAGAACCAGAACAACCAUUUGUAGCAUACGCAGGAGAUGUAACCGCAUCAGUAAAUCAAGAUAUUAAGGAAUUUGGCCGUAGACGUGCUAUUAUUCCUACUAGUGAUCUAAUGUCUACAUUUUAUACCAAGAAAACUCCAGUAUUUAAAGUAAAAUUUACUAGAAAUAAUUUAGCUUUAGCUGGUGGUGCAUUCCGUGGGUAG